ACAAUCUAUUAAUUCUGCACUAUUUAGGCAAAAAAUUUAAAUCUGUGGCAUUUAUAAGUUUAAGGAGUGUUUUAUAUUGGAUCAUGAGUGAAAUAGAAUAUACACCAUCCGUUUUCAAUCCAAAAUAUCGAAAAUGCCCAUAUUUAGACACAAUCAACAGACCAAUGUUAGAUUUUGAUUUUGAAAAGCUAUGUUCUAUUUCACUGACCAGAAUCAAUGUUUAUGCUUGUUUGGUUUGUGGUAAAUACUUCCAAGGACGUGGUACAAAUACUCAUGCAUACACCCAUUCAGUUUGUGAAUCACAUCAUGUAUUCAUUAAUCUUCAAACAUUGCGUUUCUACUGUUUGCCAGAUAACUACGAAAUCAUUGACUCUUCGUUAGACGACAUUAAAUACGUACUGAAUCCAACUUUUUCAAGUUUAGAAAUAAAAAAUAUCGACAAGAAACUUGAAAAAUUUUCUCGUACUGUAGUGGGAACUACUUAUAUACCAGGAAUCGUUGGUUUAAAUAAUAUAAAAGCAAAUGAUUACUGCAACGUAAUACUUCAUGCCCUAUCACACGUUGGGCCUUUACGAGACUAUUUUUUAGAUGAAGAGAACUAUAACAAAAUAAAACGCCCACCGGGAGAUUCAAUAUUCACUUUAGUACAGAGGUUCGGUGAAUUAAUGAGAAAAAUGUGGAAUCCAAAAAAUUUCAAAUCACAUGUUUCACCACAUGAAAUGUUACAAGCUGUCGUUUCUUGGAGUAAUAAAAAAUUUCAAAUAACUGAACAAGGAGAUCCAGUAGAAUUUUUGUCUUGGUUUUUACAUACAUUGCACAAGGCCUUAAGAGGGAAAAAGUCAAACGAUUACUCUAUUAUUUACAAAAAUUUCUUGGGUCAAAUGAAAAUAUAUACUAGAAAAAUGCCACCCGUUGAAUUAGACGAAACACAAAAAAGUUUGCUUCUCGCUACAGAAGAAUAUCAAGAAAAAGCAGAAACUUCUAAAUUUCUUUAUUUAACUUGUGAUUUACCACCCCCGCCUCUCUUCACGGACGAGUUUCGAGAAAAUAUCAUUCCCCAAGUAAGCUUGUAUCAGCUCUUAUCAAAAUUUAAUGGCGUUGCUGAAAAGGAGUACAAAACGUAUAAAGAUAAUUUUAUGAAGAAAUUUGAAAUAACAAAAUUACCUCAAUUUAUAAUAUUAUACAUCAAGCGAUUUACAAAAAAUACUUUCUAUUUAGAAAAAAAUCCAACAAUUGUUAAUUUCCCUAUUAGAAAUAUUGAUUUUGGGGAUAUUUUGACACCAGAGAAUAAAAAGAAACAUAAAUACACUAAAUAUAAUUUGAUUGCUAAUAUUGUUCAUGAUGGAGAGCCAAAAAAAGGGACAUAUAGAGUUCAUCUUUUUCAUAAACCAAAUAGUCAAUGGUAUGAAAUGCAAGAUUUACAUGUGAACGAAAUACUGCCUCAAAUGAUAACUCUGACAGAAUCAUAUAUACAAAUAUACGAACUGAAUAACUCUCCAUAAAAACAAAGUAUUGUAUAUAAAAUUUAAAUGUAAAAUCAUUUAAUAAAUUUUAACAAGAAAAUAUUUUGUUUCUCUAGAUGUGG